AUGCUUUCUCCGCGCCGUCUUCGAGUGUUUUUCAUCUCUGCACUGGUGCUCGUCUGUUUCAUACUAUAUUUCACCGGGAAUGUUCGGCAUGCACAAGCCGUAAGAGCUGCCUCGCAGCCAGGAGCAGUAAAGCUCAAAGGGCCUGGAGAGCAUGGCAACGAGAACGAUGGCAGUAUCUUUGAGAAGCUGAAGCCAGGGUCACUGCGGCCAGGCGACCGACAGCCCUUGGAUAAAGUAGCCGCGACAAUACACAACGCCGACGCUGUGCAGCCAACGUCGACUCCAGGCCAAAAGGAACAGCAGAACGCAAACAGCGAGGAUGAGACGGUGAAGGAGGAGAUGAACUCGAUCUUGAAGAAAUCUCCAGUCAUUAUAUUUUCAAAGUCAUACUGUCCGUACAGUAAGAAGGCGAAGUUCUUCCUGCUUGAGAAAUAUGACAUUGUUCCUAGCCCGUUCGUCGUGGAGCUGGACGAGCAUCCGCUCGGCAAAAAGCUACAGGCGUUGCUUGGAACAAACACUGGGCGGAGAACCGUCCCCAACGUCCUCGUCAAUGGCAAGUCCAUAGGCGGAGGAGAUGAGAUAGAAACAUUAUAUGCAUCUGGCGAGCUGGGGGGGAAACUCCAGGCCCUUGUGGACCUAAGCGACACACACAAUUUGGCGGCGACAAAUUUACUGAUCAAACUAAGACUGGAACUUGAACUUCGUGGAGGAGAAGCGCAACACCACGACAACCAUUUCAUUUCUUCCGUUUCCCCCUCGGUCAACCUCACAGGCGGAGUCAAGAUGCUCUACAUACACUCCCAGGAGUCUCUGCAGAUCCCAGAGAAUGGAAAAUUGGUCAAGGACCUCUCCCACCUUGCCGUCUGCUUCAGUCGCCCAAAGAAAGACACUAUCGCUAUCGAGGUUCACCAUGGAGGACGCAAGGCCGUUGCCACUCUCCGCACCGUCAGGACCAUCAUCAACAACCUUAUCAUUGGCGUCACCCGUGGCUUCAAGUACAAGAUGCGCUACGUCUAUGCCCAUUUCCCCAUCAACGUGAACAUCGAGACCAGCAAGGAAAGUGGCGCCGUUGAACUUGAGAUCCGUAACUUCCUCGGUGAGAAGGUUGUUCGUCGCAUUGUCUGCCAGAAGGGAGUUGAGGUUGUUGCUUCCGCCAACGUCAAGGACGAGAUCGUUUUGUCCGGUAACUCGAUAGAGGGUGUAUCACAGAGUGCUGCCGACAUACAACAGAUUUGCCGUGUUAGAAAUAAGGAUAUCCGCAAGUUCCUUGACGGCAUAUACGUCUCUGAGAAGGGGAACAUCGUGGAAGAGUAA